AUGGCGUAUCCCACCCAGGCCCUCGCCGCCGUAGCCGCGCUCCGGGAAUAUACCCUCACUGACUGGGAAACGUACCUGUCUGUGGAUGAGUCAGUACGGAAACAGAUUACAAUCUAUAAGAAGGGGAGCGAAAGCACAAACGAUCCGCUGCUGAUGCCGGCGCAUUUGCUGAUUAGCAGUCGGGCCAAGAACGCAGGCAUGGCGAAGAAGUUUGCCGACUGGCUGACGAGCCGAGCGGGCCAGGAGGUGAUUGAGCAGUUUCGCAAAAACGGCCAGCAGGUGUACACGCCGGCACCGACAAUUUAA